AUGGUGUUGGAAGAACUAGGAGGUUGCAGAAGGCAAUGGGACAACAUCACAUGCUGGCCCGAAGCGGACGUGGGAGAAGUUGUGGUACGGCCAUGCCCAAAGUACUUCAGAUUCCUCACAACUUUUCUUGGAAACGUGACCAGGAAUUGUACAAGCCAGGGCUGGACGGAUGUGUACCCUGCACCAUAUGCCAUCGCUUGUGGAUAUGAUUCCAACAGCACUCCAGGGGAAGAGCAAACGGCAUUCUAUGGCACUGUCAAGACCGGCUACACAAUUGGACAUACCUUAUCGCUCAUUGCUCUCACAGCUGCUAUGAUCAUUUUAUGUCUCUUCAGAAAGCUACACUGUACUCGAAAUUAUAUUCAUAUGCACCUCUUUAUGUCCUUUAUAAUGAGAGCCAUCGCAGUAUUCAUAAAAGAUGUCAUCCUAUUUGAAAGUGGAGAAUCUGAACACUGCUUUGUGAGUUCAGUAGGCUGCAAAGCCAUGAUGGUUUUCUUCCAGUACUGCGUCAUGGCCAACUUCUUCUGGCUCCUGGUGGAGGGGCUGUAUCUUCACACCCUGUUGGUCAUCUCCUUCUUUUCAGAGAGGAAGUACUUUUGGUGGUACAUCUUGAUUGGCUGGG